AUGGGCAAGCUCAAGCUAGCGAUGGUCGCGGCCAUGUCUUUGACGAACGGCAUCGGCAAAGACGGCGGACUGCCUUGGCGCUUGAAGGGAGAGAUGGCCUACUUCCGCAGCGUCACGACCUACGUCGCAGAGGAUGACAAGCACCAGGGAGCUCGAAAUGCUGUCAUCAUGGGGAGAAAGACAUGGGCUAGCAUCCCGCCCAGAUUCCGGCCUCUUGCGGAUCGAGUCAACAUUGUGAUCAGCCGCAAUUCAAGCGCCCAAGAUCUAGGAAUUGAUCCAGGCUCGCGCAACGUUCAAGUUUUCUCGUCGGUCGAGCAAGCUUUGGCACAUCUGGCCGCUCCUCAGGCCAAGAUUGGCAGAGUCUUUGUCAUCGGCGGCGCUCAGCUGUACACGGAUCUCCUCAAGCUCAACUCGGAUGUAGCAACGGUGGACAAGUUAUUGGUAACCCGCAUCAUGGCACCUCGCUACGAAUGCGAUGCAUACUUUCCAGAAUUCAGAACGGCGGAACAGUACAGAUCAGAAGUGGAGCACGCCAAGCAGAUUGCCGCAGAAGGGACAGACGGGGCGGAGCAGCUCCAAGGCCUGCUCAAGCAGCAAGAGUGGACACAAGCAUCGGCUAAUUCGUUGCGACAAUACCUGGGCAGCGCGUGCCCUGCUUCGCUCAAGGAUUCACAGGAUAUGGUGACAAGCGAAGGCGGGACCUGGUAUCAGUACCAAUUGUGGGAAAAAACGGAGUGA